AUGGAGAAGUUAAGGUCUUAUCAGGUACGGUUUUCUGAGUACCUGGAGAAGAAGAAUGUUGUUACUGAUUUCCUAAGCGUAUGUGAAACACGUUCAGGUAUCAGUAAACUGUAUUUAGCAUAUGGAGUGAUUGUGUUUUUGACGUUGUACUUAGUCAUUGGUUAUGGGACGGAUAUACUUACUCUACUUGUUGGUGCUUUGUACCCAGCAUAUCAAUCCCAUAGAAACUCACGAGAAAGAAGACGAUACAAAAUGGCUAACCUACUGGGUUGUUUUUGCUUCUGUUCAACUUUUCGAAGCCUGUACAGCAAUGAUGGUCUACUACUUACCGUUAUAUCCCAUAAUAAAAUGUGCUUUUCUAAUUUAUUGCAUGAUUCCUAUUUCACAAAAUGGAUCCUUGCUUAUAUAUCGACGCUUGAUUCGACCGUUCGUUCUUGA